GCAAGCGUCUCUUUGCCGGUCUUGCGUGUUGUUUUGUGUGCGUGCGCGCGCGCACGUGCUUGUGUUGUUUGUGUGCGCGCGCAGGCGUCUCUUUCCCGAUCACUUCCGGCUUGGCGGGGCGGAUGGAAGUCGUCCACACAGCGGGCGGCUGACUUUCUUGUUGAUGGAGUUGGCGAGCCACUCACAUGGCUCCGGACACCUCCCGCGGGCCGGGCGUCACCUCGGCCGGCUUGUAGCGAGACCGAGCGUGGGGGACACCAGGCGAGGAAAAAAAAGGGACGCUUCUUGUAGUUUGCGUGGCAGUUUUUCGCGUUACGAGCGUGACCAAGUUAGACCGUCUAUUCCACGCUCCUUCUUUAGUACAUGGUAAUGGUCACUGUAUUGACAUCGAUAAUAAGUUAUUCCACGUUGAGUAGAGUUAACUCAAUAAAUUUCUGCCGGAGGCGUCUGAGAGAGACAACUCGUAAGGCAUGAUUUCUACCUCACCUGACCCUCGAAGCCGUUCACCUCCCUCCAUUUUAAGGGGAACUAGUCUGAUGUUCACUCGGCCUUCAGGGCCCUUGGCCUUGCCGCAGGGAUGGCAGCAUUUGCCCUAAACCGGAACGCCCUCCCAAUCAUGAACGGCAGUAAUCAGUUUCACGUCCGGCAAGGUACCACUGGUACCAGCUCCCGAGAUAGUAGCAGCACGACUGGCCGACCAGUGCUGCAAGUUCCAAAUCAGGGCACCUACUGCCAACUGCUGGGUGGAUCGCCCUACAGCCCAGCCAGCGCUCAGGUACGGCAGACGAGCCUCAGUGGUCACCCUUUUGUCUUCCCGCUCUCCCCCGGCCCCACCUCCCGUGUUCGCUCUCCGUCGCCUCGGUCCCGGGAGCUCCUCGGGGUUAACGUGGGCCAACGGGUUCGAAGACUCAGCUCACCCGGUGCCGGCGAGGAAGAGAAGGAGUUGUCGGGAGGCGGCGCAGGAGACAGGCAAGAGGAGCGGAGACGCCAAGCGCAGCUGCUGCAGAUUCAUAAAGAGCUGCAGAACGUGGAGGUCAAGGGAAAAGUGGGCAUUUUCGAAGCGCACAUUUCUGGGAUUCGUGCAAAGGUGCUCACCAGCGAGCUCCAGUGCAGCCCUCGGUCUCCGAGGCGAGCAGUGGGCCAAGUCCCGCCUCCUCCCAGCCGUGGCAGAGCAGCCCUCGAAUGCUCAAUGACCCAGGCCCGCCAGAGUCAAGUUCCUCCCGCUCUCCAAAAUGGGAGAGAAGGCGAGCAUGAAGCAGCGCACGGAGAGAGCAAGCGGGAAGAAAGUUGCGUGAUUAAAAGAAGCAACGACGCGGCGACGUUGUUUGUUGAAAACGGUUGCCAUUCAAAAACAAUAGAAGCUCCCCGGUCAGAUGGACCACUCCUUGUCCAGGGUCCCCCGGAGACCUUGGAGGCGCCUUCAGCCAAAGAUGGAGGGAUAAAAGAGGACAGCGGGGUGAAGGAAAACAAACAAACACCGGGAGAUGACGGAGAGUCAAAGGAGAGAGAGGUGAGCGCCAGACAGCAGUCGGGUCCUGAGGUGCUGCUGCGCACGGAGACCGACAUGUUGGGCGCCCAGCCAGACGCAUCUGCAUCAAAGCCUGAGGGUCCCCCUCGUCUGACCAACACGCCCCCCGCCGUCCUUCCCUCCAUCCCCGCCGUCAUCAUCACCGACCACGGCCUAGAGAGCCACCCUCAGACCCCCGUCGGCACCCCGAGUCCCACUUCGAGCCCCGUGUCCCCGUCCAACGCCUCGCUGCGCUCCCUCAGGAAGCUGUCUUCCUCCUCAGCCUCCUCGGCCGGCUUCUCCUCCUCUUGGGAAGAGUCGGAAGAGGAUAUUUCCGACACAGAGAGAGGGGGGCACCUUCUCACCCCGGCGCAGCUGAGCUCGCGACAGAAAGCACACAAAUCAUGGAAGAAAAUCAAGAACAUGGUCCAUUGGUCACCAUUUGUCAUGUCCUUCAAGAAGAAAUAUCCCUGGAUACAACUGGCAGGACAUGCUGGGAGCUUCAAGGCCGGAGCCAACGGUCACAUCUUAAAAAAACACUGCGAAUGUGAGCAGCGCUGUCUGUCCCUACUGAUGCGGGACGUGCUGUGUCCGUAUGUACCCGGUUACCACGGCGACGUGGAGAAGGAUGGCCAGAAGUAUAAUCAGAUGGAAGACCUGCUGGCUGAGUUUGACUGCCCGUGUGUGAUGGACUGCAAGAUGGGCGUGAGGACAUAUCUGGAGGAGGAGCUGACCAAGGCCCGCAAGAAACCCACCCCGCGGCCGGACAUGUAUCAGAAGAUGGUGGAGGUAGACCCCGAGGCGCCCUCGGCCGAAGAGAAUGAACAGAAGGCGGUCACCAAGCCCCGGUACAUGCAGUGGCGGGAGACCAUCAGUUCCACCGCCACGCUGGGCUUCCGGAUAGAAGGAGUCAAGAAGGAGGACGGGACAGUCAACAGAGAUUUUAAGAGGACAAAGACGCGUGAGCAAGUCAUGGCGGCCUUCCGCGAUUUUGUCAAAGGCGACAAGGACAUACUGAAUAUCUACCUAGCCAGGCUGAAGGAAAUCAGAAACACUCUGGAGACGUCGCCUUUCUUUAAAACUCACGAGGUGAUCGGCAGCUCCCUGCUGUUCGUCCACGACAGCAAAGGCAGAGCUAAAGUGUGGAUGAUCGACUUUGGAAAGACGAUGGCCCUGCCCGAGGGCCAGGAGCUCGACCACCGAGCGUCCUGGCAAGAGGGCAACCGGGAGGACGGCUACCUUUUCGGACUGGACUGUCUGGUGGAUAUCAUUUCUGCCUUGUUGGACUCUGAAAUAUGAGCGUUUUUACUAUUAUUAUUGUUAUUAUUAUUAUUAUUAUUUAAUCCACAGCGGAAACAUUUGGAAACACGCGCACGCUCUCGUUUUCGGAUGUCAGUUUUGCAGAUGUUCGUUUCCGAAAGGGGAAAAAAACACUCAAACCUACUGCAUCUUUAAAAGAUACACCGACACACCCUUUUAUUUGAAGUAACAGGAACAGAAUUACAACAGUUGCAGAUGUGGAUAAUCUGUCAUUGAGUAUUAGGCAAAGGCUGAAAAGAAGACAAAAAUGACACUAAAUUAAUAUUUGUUAUCUUGCGCAAAUGAAGUUGUUUAUUUUUAAGAAAAAAAAUUAGAAGACCAUCAUAAAUUUAUUGUAUUUAAAGCGGCUCCACUGAUAUUCUUCCUUUUCCCUGUAAAGGUUUUAGUCUGGUUAUAUGACUUUAAUCUUGAAAAUAAUUGAGUUGUUAAAAAAGUGACUUUAUCCUCAUAAAAUAAUGUAUGUUUUUGUCAUUGCGAAAAUAUACCACUUUUUAUCUAAAAAAUACACAACUUUAUUUUCGAAAAAUAACAUUUUUGUUUAAAAAAAAUUAAAAAAUACACGACUUCUCGCCACAAAAUUAUACAAUUCAUGUGAUUUAAUUUAGGUUAGCACUUAAAUCUAAAAACUGUCCAAUUUUAUUAUUAUUUUUAAUUGUCUUCAAUCAAAAAUGAUGAAAACAAAUUUUAUUAGAAAAAUAUAUAAUUCGUUUUGUAAAGAAUUAUGGCAAAAACAUACAGCUUUUCAUCUCGAAAUUAGAAAACCUUUUAGUUGUUUACCAUUUGUAAAAGUAGAAUUAAAUUCUCGUAAAAUUACAACUUCAAUUAUAAUUUCACGGGCAAUGAACGUUAACGCCCCCCAGUGGAAGUACGAGGAACGACAUCGAAUUAAAAAAAAAAGAAUGCACAUGGUGCCUUAAAAACACACAAUGAAGCCUCAAAAUGUUUUGGGAUUAAGUUAAAUUUCCAGUGAGGACGGGAGAGUUUUUGCUGUUAUAUUUUUACCCUAUUUGUCACUUAACAUGUCGGCACGAUAUUUUCCACGUUUGAAGAUUUUUGUUAAGUGUGUUUGGCUUGGAUCUGAUGUCUAAAAUGUAUGGGUUAAAUGAGCAAACUUGUUAAAUGCUCUGCUUUCCUAUCCUGUUCAUUGUGUGGAUGACACCAUUUUAGCGCCUGCUGAACACUCUUGAUGUGCAACCUAAUUUCAACUAUGGUGCCUCACUGCCUUUACUGACUGUCUCCACCAUCUGCCUUCACUCCAUGUCUUAUUUCCCUCUGUAACUCUUCAACGAGUGCAUGUUUAUUAGCGUCUUAAAGCGUGUUCAUCUCUAUUUAUAAUACAGCAUAUUUCUUUUAGCUGAUGGCUUGGCCCUGUGGGAUGCUUUUAUUGGACUUUUUUUGUCUCAUUUGAACCUGUGCUUCAGUAUUGCAGCAUGUGCUUGAAAGAAAAUACACUGCCAUGAUAAAA